AUGAUAUCAAUACUAGUUGUUGUUCUAAUCUGUGGUAUUUGUGGUAAUGCUAUUGUACUUGUUGUUGGUAUAGUUAAACGAAACUAUCAAAAUAAUGUUACUAAUUGCUAUAUUAUGAAUUUAGCAAUAACUGAUUUUCUUUUUUUGCUUAUUUCUGUACCAUUAACUGGUUAUUUAGCAAUUAAAAAAAUUUGGAUUUUUGGUGAAUUUAUAUGUAAAAUGCAUAUUUAUCUAGCACAUGUUCUAUUACAAGCAACUUGUUAUACACUAGCUGCUAUGAGUAUAGAUCGAUAUUUGAAUAUAGUUCAUGGCCAAUGGUAUCGACGAUAUCGAAAACCAAAAUGUGCUCUAAUUAUAUGUUUACUUAUUUGGGCAAUUUCCGGUGUUUUUAUGUUUCCUUAUGAUUAUGUAUUACAUAUUGAUGUUGAAAAACAUAAUCACUCAUCGGUUAUGCUUGAUUGUACUGUUAGUGAUAAUGAUUCUUUAUUUUCAUCAUGUUUAUUUACAUUUGUAUUUUACUAUUUAUUACCUUUGUCAAUUAUUGGUGUAUGUUAUUCUCGUGUUUUAUUACAUGUCAGACGUGGAGGUCAUAAAGUGGCCAAACUACUUUAUGGUAAACCUCGUUUAUCAUUAGAAAUCAAAAGACGUCGAAUACAACGUACAUUAUUGGUGUUAACUCUAGCAUUUGCACUUUGUUGGCUGCCAAUUCAUAUACUUGAAUUAUUAAAUUGUUCACAACUUCUAUCACAUGCAUUUUAUGUAAAACAUGUACAUAUAUUAACAGCUGCUCGAGUUAUUGCUCAUGGAUUAUCAUAUUUUAAUUCAUGUUUAAAUCCUUUACUUUAUGCUAUAUUUAAUAAAGGUUAUUUUUCUGGUGGCCUAUAG